UUCAUCUGUUCUUUUUUAACUAAGUCCAUGCCGUUUCUUUCAUGCAUAUUCAUGCACACUGCACAUUUGUGUGUGUUUUUGGGGUCAGUCAGCGGAAGAUGGCGGUCUGGAUGCUGCUGGCUGGCUGAGAGGAGCUGCUCUGCCCGCGGCGGAGGAUCCUUAUAACCACACACAUUUAACCCGAAUACAACACAACCACACCGUCUCAUCUGGAUUAAUCUCGACUGCUUUUUCUGCUCGGGUAUGCACUGUUGGAGUAUUUCACCAGGAUACAAGCACCUCAGACGUUUCUGUGGGAGACUUUGCGGGGAGUUGCGUGUUAUUAUUCGGCUAGCUGUACACAGCAGCUAGCGGCUUUCUCCUCCGCUUUAAAGCCUUUAAAAUUGUGCAAAAAUGUCUGAUACGAAGGUAAAAGUGGCGGUUCGAGUUCGACCAAUGAACCGGAGAGAGAUUGAGCUCAACACAAAAUGUGUGGUUGAGAUGGAGGAAAACCAGACUAUUCUGCACCCACCGCCCUCCAAUACAAAAGGAGAAAACAGAAAACAGCCAAAGGUGUUUGCCUUCGACCACUGCUUCUGGUCCAUGGAUGAGUCCAACAUCCCGAAGUACGCCGGUCAGGAGGUCGUGUUCAAGUGCCUUGGGGAGGGAAUACUUGAAAACGCAUUUCAAGGAUACAACGCCUGCAUUUUUGCCUAUGGACAAACAGGCUCGGGGAAAUCCUUCUCAAUGAUGGGCAAUGGAGAGCAGCCAGGCCUGAUCCCGAGACUCUGCUGCUCGCUGUUCGAGAGGGUCUCCAAAGAGCAGAACGAGGCGCACUCCUUCAAGGUGGAGGUCUCGUUCAUGGAGAUCUACAAUGAGAAGGUCCGAGACCUGCUGGAUCCCAAAGGGAGCAGACAGUCUCUGAAGGUCAGGGAACAUAAAGUCCUGGGUCCGUAUGUGGACGGGCUCUCUCAGCUGGCUGUGAUGAGCUUCGAGGACAUUGAAUCUCUGAUGUCGGAGGGGAACAAAUCCCGCACUGUAGCCGCCACCAACAUGAACGAGGAGAGCAGUCGCUCGCACGCCGUCUUCAGCGUCAUCGUCACGCAAACACUCUACGACCUGCAGUCGGGGAAUUCUGGAGAGAAAGUGAGCAAGAUAAGUCUGGUCGAUCUGGCCGGCAGCGAGCGCGUGUCCAAGACUGGAGCUGCUGGAGAGAGACUGAAGGAAGGAAGCAACAUCAACCGGUCUCUGACCACGCUGGGCUGUGUGAUCUCCGCUCUGGCUGAUCAGUCUGCAGGGAAAGGCAAGAGCAAGUUUGUGCCUUACAGAGACUCAGUGCUGACGUGGCUGCUCAAGGACAAUCUCGGUGGCAACAGUAAGACGGCCAUGAUCGCCACCAUCAGCCCAGCCGCUGACAACUACGAGGAGACGCUGUCGACGCUGCGGUACGCCGACCGAGCCAAGAGAAUCGUCAACCACGCCGUGGUCAAUGAGGACCCCAACGCCCGCAUCAUCAGGGAGCUCCGGGAGGAGGUGGAGAAGCUGAAAGUGCAGCUCUCUCAGGCUGAGUCUCUGAAGGCUCCUGAGCUGAAGGAGAAACUCCAUGAGUCGGAGAAGCUCAUUCAGGAAAUGACGGUCACCUGGGAAGAGAAACUCCGGAAAACGGAGGAGAUUGCACAGGAUCGUCAGAAGCAGCUGGAGAGCAUGGGGAUCUCUCUGGAGUCAUCAGGGAUCAAGGUCGGAGAGGACAAAUGCUUCCUGGUCAACCUGAACGCUGAUCCUGCUCUUAAUGAACUUCUGGUUUACUACCUGAAGGAUCACACGCGUGUGGGUGCCGACACAUCGCAGGACAUCCAGCUGUUCGGCAUCGGGAUUCAGUCUGAGCACUGUGUGCUGGACAUCACGGCUGAUGGAGACGUCACGCUCUCGCCGCUGGAGAACGCCAGGACCUGCGUGAACGGCACAAUGCUCUACUCCAAGGUUCACCUGUGGCACGGAGAUCGCAUCCUGUGGGGAAACAACCACUUCUUCAGAAUCAACCUGCCGAAGCGCAAGCGGCGCGACCGCUUAAAGGAGAUGGAGAGGGAUUGUUCCCGCGAGAGCUUCGUGGAGGCCGACGUGGAGACGGCCAGCGAGGCUUCGUCCGAGCAGGACUACAGCUACGAGUUUGCUCAGAUGGAGGUCAUGAUGAAAGCUCUGGGGAACAACGACCCCAUGCAGAACGUGGUGCAGGUGCUGGAGAAGCAGUAUCUGGAGGAGAAGCGUCUGGCUCUGGAGGAGCAGCGCCUGAUGUACGAGCGGGAGCUUCAGUCCCUGCGGCAGCGGCUCUCGCCGGAGAAGGUGUCGCAACACCAGCGCUGCAGCAGCGACCGCCUGCCCUUCCCCACACACUCCACACACAGCAAAGAGCGGCUGUGGACAGAGGAGAGGGACGAGCUGUUCCGCCAGAGUCUGUCUCGGCUGCGCGAGCAGGUGGUGAGAGCGAACGCACUGGUGCGAGAGGCCAACUUCCUGUCCGAGGAGAUGCUCAAACUCACCGAUUACCAGGUCACGCUGCAGAUACCAGCCGCCAACCUCAGCGCCAACCGCAAGCGUGGCGCUAUAGUCAGUGAACCAGCGAUCCAGGUGCGACGUAAAGGGAAGGGAACGCAGGUUUGGACCAUCGAGAAAUUAGAGAACAAACUAGUGGACAUGAGAGACCACUACAGGGACUGGAGGGAAGGCACACAGGAAGUGGUUAACCUGCUGCACAAUAAGGCAGGAGAUCCGUUCUAUGAAGCUCAAGAGAAUCACAACCUCAUCGGCGUAGCAAACGUCUUCCUGGAGUGUCUGUUUCAUGACGUCAAGCUGCAGUAUGCGGUUCCCAUCAUCAGCCAGCAGGGAGAGGUCGCCGGUCGUCUGCAUGUGGAGCUGGUCCGUGUGAGCGGAGUCGUGCCGGAGCGUCUGGCGGGAGGAGACGAUUCCUCCGAGAACUCCAGCGAGAGCAGCGGAUACGAGGUCAUGGACAAUAAUGGAGAGAUCGUCCACAUGGCCAGAAAACUCACCUGCAGGGUGCGGAUCCGAGAGGCGUCUGGUUUGCCUCUCAACCUGUCCAACUUCGUCUUCUGUCAGUACAGCUUCUGGGAACAAUCAGAGCCGGCUGUGGCUCCGCCCAUGAUCAGCCCGGACACGCCCACCCCGCGCACCCCCGACGCCGAGUUCACUGUGCGCUUCCACCACUGCAGGGAUUUUGUGGUGCAUGUGACGGAGGAGUUUCUGGAGUUCAUCUCAGAUGGAGCUCUGGCCAUCGAGGUUUGGGGUCAUCGGUACGCAGGUAACGGCCGCUCCGUCUGGGAGCUCGAUGCAAUGCAGGACAAGACACGGACGCUCAGAGACAGGUGGAGUGAAGUGUCUCGUAGGAUAGAGCUGUGUGUCUCCAUACAGGAGUUGAAUGAGCAGGGCGAGUAUUCGUCUGUAGAGCUGCAUCCCAACAAAGACAUCAGCACUGGAGGCGUGUUUCAGCUGCGGCAGGGUCACUCCCGGAGGCUUCAGGUGUGUGUCCAGCCGGUCCAGCACUCGGGGACUUUGCCGUUGAUGGUGGAAGCCGUUCUGUCCGUCUCUAUCGGCUGUGUUUCCGCUCGCUCCACAAAACUACAGAGACCUCUGGACAGCUAUCAGAAGGAGGAAGACGACGAUAUGGAUAGUUAUCAGGAGGAGGACCUGAACUGUGUGCGGGAACGCUGGUCUGAUGCCCUCAUCAAGCGCAGGGAAUAUCUGGAAGAGCAGAUCAAGAAGAUCUUCAACAAGUCAGAGAAGUCUGAGGAGGACGUGGAAAGAGAGGCCAGACUGGUGGAGCAGUGGGUGGGUCUGACGGAGGAGAGGAACGCAGUGCUGGUUCCGGCCCCUGGCAGUGGCAUCCCAGGGGCCCUGGCGCACUGGGUUCCUCCUAGUGGCAUGGAAGCUCAUAUUCCUGUGCUGUUCCUGGAUCUGAACGCUGAUAACCUGACAGUUAAUGAUCAGCUGACGUGUCAUCAUCACGCCGCCGGCGUGAACUCAAUUCUUCCCAAAGAGCACGGCAGCCCGUUCUUCUACCUUCCCAUCAUCAGACACAGCGAUGAUGAGGUGUCGGCUGUGUGUUCCUGGGAUUCAUCCAUCCACGACUCCAUCCACCUGAACCGGAUCACGGUGCCGAACGAACGGAUCUACCUGAUCGUGAAAGCCACGGUGCAGCUCAGUCAUCCGGCCUCCAUGGAGCUGGUCCUCCGCAAGAGAAUUGCAGUCAACAUCUACAACAAACAGAGUUUCACUCAGAGUCUGAAGAGACGGAUGUCUUUAAAGAACGUUCUCUACUCAUGUGGAGUGACGUAUGAGAUUGUGUCCAACAUACCAAAGGCGUCCGAAGAGCCGGAGGAGCGCGAGACUCUGGCCCUGAUGGCAGCGCGAGGAGAGAGCGAGGAGACUCUUGAUGGAGAGACGUACAUUGAGAAAUACACCCGAGGAGUGCUGGAGGUGGACAAUAUUCUGUGUCUGGAGAGACUCCGGCAGGCCGUGACGGUGAAGGAAGCUCUCUCUGUUAAAGGCAGACACAUACGGCGCAGUCUCAGCACGCCAAACGUCCAGCACACCUCUUGUUGUAAAUCAGAUGGGACAGGAUGUGAGGAUGAAGACAUGAAGGCUCAGUGUGACGGUCACGUGGACAUCACUGAAUCCAACUUGCAUGAAGCUUCACUCAACAGUCCUCUCUCGAAGGAAACGCCUGUUAAAAACAAAGAGAAUCAUGGUAAAUGGUCGGUGCCAGAGAGUCCGACGUUCUUUAACUCGAGUCCGUUUAAAGUUCUGUCGCCUCAACCGCCCAAGUUCCUCAAAUCUCUCAUGCCAGUGAAGGAGGAGAACAAAGUCAAGCGUUCUCUGGAGUCGCGGCCACUUCUGGGACAGGAGAGCAUGCGUUGGUUUGUGGAGAGCAGCGUGUUGGGCCUCACCGGCCCCUGGUCCGGCCCCUGGUCCAGACCCAGGGCUCAGAGCGAGGGCCACAGCAGCAGUGACAUCAUCUGCAGCAGGGCCAAUCACAGACAGCCCAGAUUCAGCACUGAUCUCACUCACACACUGCCACACGCUGCUGAUUCAGAGGAGGAGGAUCCCAACAUGGAUUCAGCCUUCACCCGUUCUAGUAUUCCAGGUCUCGGGUCUCUGGAGCUCCAAAACUUCAAGCCUUACAUCCCAGAGAAGUUUGCGAACUUUGAGGUGUACAACGCCAGUCUUGAGACCCAGGGGGGGACUGUAUGCGUGCAGGGGGAGUUGGCGCCUGGGAUCGGGGUGUUAUCGGGAACACGGGUUGCGGAUAAAGAAGUGUCCCGUAGUCCCACGGCCAGCAGCUGCACAAGCGGCUAUUUCUCCCAUAGUGCCUCAAAUGCCACGCUGUCCGAUGUGCUCUUCAGCGGCAGCGAUAGUUGCGACCAGCUCAACAACAGAGAAGCCGCAGACCCUCAGGAGCACGGAAGAGGGUUGCAUCCUUCCAGAAGUGCCUUGGGAACCGAGACCGUUCCCUCACUAUCAUCCUAUCCAGCCCAGACCGUUCCCACUCAGCACUGUUCCCGUCUCUGCACCGACCAGGAUUGUUCCCCUUCGCUUCCCCACAAAUGUAUCCUGAGCGUCAGCCAAGAAUUCACAGACUUUAAGGGUGCAGAUGAAGGUAUAGGGGUAGAUGACCUCUGUAACUUUAGUUUGAAGGCAGAAUCAAUUCCCCCAGCCAAAACGCAAGACAUGGAUCAUCCGUCCCAGUGCCAUCUCCACAAUGGAAAAGAGUCUCCCAGUGUUCCUGUACCUCACGCCAACCCAGAUCUGGAAGAAUCUCGAGGACUUGAGUUCUCCGAGGAUGCAGAGCUCUCGGUGGACUCUAGUGAGGACGAGAACACACCAGUUGCUCAGUUGCCGGACUGGAUGGCCCCCGGUGAGCAAGUGUGGGUGGGCAAACGCAGUGGGAUGGUGCAUUAUGUUGGAGGGGUAGAGUUUGCCAAAGGAAUCUGGGUUGGAGUGGAGUUGGACCUUGCUGUAGGCAAGCACAAUGGUACGGUCCAGGGAAGGGUGUAUUUCCGGUGUGCCACAGGUCAUGGCGUCUUCGUGAAGCCAUCCUGUUUGACCCGGGGGCCUCCGUCCAUAGACACCGAACCUCAAUCUGUGCUCCAGUAGGGGCAGGACAUUGACCCAAUAGUUGGUAGACGAUCUCUUCGACACCAGCACCAGCAACCGCCUGGACAAACCGAGUGCUAACAGAAUCCAUCCUUCUGAUUUGUUUGUCACAUCAGAGAUUUAUUGAUUCCUCUUAUUCCGUGGCAAUAAACACUACCUGUGCUGAAGUUAUAGGCUUAUUUCAGUAUCAUCUUUGAAUGUCGAGAGUUGCACAGUUGCACAAACAAGUUUUAUAUAUCAUGUUAGCUUUGAUAUAGCUGAAAUACUAAUUUCCAUCUUCAUUAAUUCUUCACCACUUCUUAUAUGACUAAAUGUAUUAAUCAAACAAUGCCUAACAAAAAAUAUAUACUUUGAGUGAGUUUGAGAUUUGGAUGUCUGUUCUAGGUAAGAAUGUACUACUGUUUAUGAACAUUUUUGUUUGUGUGAUUAUAUCAGGUAUUACCAAAGACAUAGCCUUUCAAAUCUGCUGUGCAAACUUACUUUGGAAACGUGUUUAUGCUUGUAUUUGUUCGACCGAUUUAUGCUAAUAUGCUAAGUGCCAUUUUUCUGGUUAGAAGACCACAUGCCCAUCGGAUUAAAAAAUUUGGUUGAUUUUUUUUUUUAGUUUAAUGGUAUUUUGAACGGACGCCAAGCCUGUUGCUCGUACUCUGUUGCGUAAUUGGCUUGUUGAGUACUGUAACUGUUGAAGGACUGCCAAUAUUUCUAUUAACAAAGCUGUCUGAACGCUUGCACUGGAGUAACUUAUCCUGGAUGCACAUUAAGUUACAUAAUGCACGAAUUUUUACGCAUUCUCAGAUACUGAUUUGACGCUUCUCAGGAGGUUGACAGAAGUGACUAACUUUUGUUGUCACCUGAUGCGGAGAGCACCUUGUUUUCUUUAUCAGACCCUUGCCGGUAUUAUUGCAAAAUGGCGAUAAUCUGAUCUGCUUUGUAUCGGCUAUAGACCAGAAAUGCCCUAAAAUACUGACACAAGCCCCACAUGAACGGGGACUUUUUAGAUUAUCGACUUCUAGGUUUACCCGCCUAAUAAUGAAGCUUUCGAGCAUUUAAAUCCAUGUGUGUUUGACUGUCAAGAAAGAUUUUAUUAGUUUGUGAUACUAAAGCCAAUAUUAAUGUUUUUUUAUAGGUAUAAAUGGGAGACGGGGAAUGGGACAUAGCCUGAAUAAUGCUUGUAUGUUUAGUGCCAUGACCAGUACUGUUAUUAUUGCUCUGUUUUACCUAAAGAACUGUGGAUCUCAUAAGAAGUGAAUACUAUUGCUGUCAUUGGAGACGGUUAAAUAAAAACCCAAGACCUUACUUAAAAGAAAACAAAGCUGCUCUCCUUGACAAGGAGAUGUACAUAAAAUGUAUGAACAUAGUAUUUACAAUAUUAUAAAAUGUACAGAAUUGUAUUUAUAUUGUAUCUCUGCAGAUGCUGGUACAAAAAUGUUGUAGAUUACAGAACGUUUACAAAU